CUUCAACACACACUCUUCCAGAUAUGAGAAGCUUUAUUACGUGCAGAAACUUGAUGGAGCAUGAAGUGUAGCACUGAAGUUCAGUAAGCUCCAAAGCUGCAGGUCACACUGUGUGAGCUACGGCCUGGUGGUGACCUAAGUGGGCUGUACUGUAACCACAUUUGACUGGUGACAAUUAAUGACCUUUAGCAGUUCCAACAGCCUUCUAUUUCCAUUACACUGACCUUCACGGUUUUGCUGGACAAUCCAGAAGAGACACUGGGGCGGAGUCACUACUUUUACAAGAAUUUAUAAGGAAACUUUAGCCAGAACAACAAACAAAAGUGAGGCAUUUUCUUUAAUAAUAAGAAAAAAUACUAGGGAUGGCUUGAUCUGAUAAUGAAAAUCGAUAUCGAUAAUAUAACCGACUUUGGUCAGAAUUUCAGGAUCUAACACAUCUAUAGCCAAUCUAAUACACAAGCCCAAAUGCUCAAUUCCACUUUGCGUGAAAUGUCGGAUUGAUAUCGGUAUAGGCAGAUACUCUAAGCUCCAACGGACAUGAAAACAUUGCCUCUAUUUCCUGAGAGGGCUGAAGACCUGCACCACCUAUCAGACAUGUCUGAGGAUGUCAUGAUACCUGGUAGCUAGUGCCAUCCUGUAUGCUGUUGCAUGCUGUUGCAGCAGUCUAAUGGUGGAACAUGUGAAAAUACCCAAUAAAUUUAUCUAGAAGGCCAGUGACGUUGUGGGGCUUGAAUUAGACUGUGACGUUGGUGCCAAAGCUCAGGUCAGUGACUCACAUCCUCUCCGUGAGGGGCUGGUCACACACAGGAGCACCAUCAGCACCAGACUUAGUUUACCAAAAGAGGGACACAGGAAAUGAGACUCUUUAUCUUCUCCCAUAUUAUCAACAUCAAUAUGUAGCAAUAUGUGUGUGUGUGUGUAUAUAUAUAUAUAUAUAACAGCAUGUUAAUUUCAAUUUGAUUAUAGUUAUAUCAUCUCAUUUCUUUUACAUGUGAACAGGAGGAAACAGCUAGGCCUACAGUACUGUAUAUAAACCUAACAUUUAAUCCAAUGUUUCUGUUCUUCAGACUUUCUUCAUUAUUUGUAUUAAAGGUUUCAGGCUGCUGCAGAUGCAGCCUUACGAAUGCACAUCAAACCGAGUCUGUUUCAUUUGCUGAAGUUCUGCUGCAGAACUCUCUCUCCUCUGCUCAAAGCGUGGUGAUAUUGCCACAUUUAAACCACCGUGACUUUUCUCAGAAUCCUAACGCUGUUGUAUUUCUUCACUCCAGUUUGGUGGAGCUUUUUGAUGGUUGACAUGCAGACGCUACAUCGCUCUGAUAUUCUUACAAGUGCUGGUAAUUUAUCCACAUAUCAGAGCAGUGUGACAACUUCCUCCUGCAGCAUAUCUUCCAUCAGUUUCACCUCAGGACUGACUGCACGUCUGUCGGCUUUCACUGCCAAAGUACCAAAGUGCAGAAUUGAGAAACCUCAGAGGCAGGAACCUUAGAGAAAACCUCACUAUUUAACACAAACACACGAGGGACACAUUACAAGGUUGACAUUUAUAUUGGCAGCAAUUAGACAUUGAAAGCAACAACUGUGUCUCAUAUAAAUGUGUUGAUGCUGAUACUAAAAUAAUAGGGUUUAUUUAGCUUUAACCUGAAAAAGAUGGCAACAGUACACCACAGCCAAUAAAUUAGGUACACUACACAACAAGUAAGUAACAACAACAAGAUGAACUCCAGCAUUUGAGAUGACUUUAGGACCACAGCACAGACAAAAACAAAUAAUAUAAAGUGCUUAUAAAACUGAAAUUUUUUAUUCCUUACCAUUCUUUAGUUCUUUCUUAGUUUAAAUCGAUUUUUCAAAACUUUCAGUUCAUUUGUCUGACAUUUUCUGUUUCAAUAUUAUUUGAAGACAUGCUGAAUAUACAAUACAAUGUACACAAGUGGGUAUAGAUUCACAGUCGACAAACUGGUGGGAACACACACUGGCCUUUAACCACAGGCAUGUCACACGGGGGACACUUUAAACAGACAAAGACAAUGAUUCCACCUUGAAGCCAAUACUGGAACACACAUACUGUACAAAUACUAGUGGGAAGAAAAUACUUCUUCACUUUGUGAUAUGUUCAACAUAUUAUGCCUUUCUUGAUGAAUCCCAAGUUUGACACAUUUGAAGAUCCCCAAAGUGUGCCACUGCCUACACAGGCUCAGUGCACCAGUUAGGUGAGAGGACAAAACAUGAUGUCAACAAAGAGAGGUGGGAUUUAAACACUUCACUUUUUCACUGAUGAUGCUCAUCUGCUACAAACAGAAGUUUCAACUGCACUGACGCUCAUCUUCAUCUUCAACUUCAACUUCAUCUCUUACUGCAAGUAUGAACACUAAGGCUCAGCUAACGUCUGUCUCUUUGACCAAUCUUUACUGCUUAGUUUUCACUGCACUGACUGACAUGUGUGGUCUUUCCAAACUCUGACAGGUGGGAUGGCUGCUGACAACAUCAGCAUCACCAUCAGCUCGGCUGAAAACCCUCUCAACCAGAGCAGCUGUGAUGUGUUUGUCUACCAGAGGUCGGCUGCCGUCCUUUUCCCCACUUUCUACUCGGUGGUUUUUGUCAUCAGCGUGUGUGGAAACAGCCUGGUUCUCUAUGUGAUGUGCCAGAGGAAGCACAAGUUCAACUCCACCUCCAUCUAUCUGGUCAACCUGGCGCUUUCUGACACCCUGUUCACACUGUCGCUGCCGAGCAGAAUCACCUACUACAUCCGUCACUUCGACUGGCCCUUUGGUGACUUUUUGUGCAGACUGACCACGCUGCUGUUCUUUGUAAACACAUAUGCAGGUAUUGCUUUCAUGACCUGCAUCAGCCUUGAUCGGUACCUGGCCAUGGUUCAUCCCCACCAGCUCCAGUGUUUACGCAGCACAAGGGUGGUCCGAAGGGUCUGCUGCCUGAUCUGGACUCUGGUUUCACUGCAGAUCGUCCCCCUGCUGUUUCGUAACUUGCUGCAGAAGAACCAGGAGAGACGCACCUGCAUGGAAUACUUCAACUUUGAUGGCUCUCCGUUAACCCCAUACCUCCUGCUCCUGGCCUGCACCGUCUCCUUCUGCUCCCCACUCCUCAUCAUCGUGGGCUGCUACACCAAAAUCAACCUGAAGCUAAGAGCUGACGCCAAGCAGAACUCUUUGACAGGCCGCUCCAAGAGGAACCACCGGGCCAACACCAUCAUUCUCCUCAUCCUCCUCACCUUCAUCACAUGUUUCAGCCCCUUUCACAUCAACAUAAUACAGUUCAUGUCCAGGAAGUUAUAUCAACAGCCUGGCUGUGAGGAACUGAGAGCUUUCAAGACGUCUUUACAGAUAACGGUCGCUCUCAUGAAUUUCAACUGCUGCUUGGAUCCUGUCAUCUACUUCUUUGCCAUAAAGACCUACAAGAAGCGUGUGAUGAGGAUCUUUAAGGACUAUCUGUACACCUCCUCCAAGAUGACAACAGAGAACAGCAGCAGCAACACAUGAGUGCAGCCGCAGCACACGGCGUCAGGGUGAAGACCUAGUUUAGGGUUAUUUUGGGCUCACACGUGUCUAUUUUUAACAUCUGUCCCUGAAAAUGAGUGAGAAAUAAACAAGGAUGCUGAUUUGA